AUGCUUUCUUUAUUCGAAACAAUAUCUCGUCUUUAUUCAGUUCCUACGUCAAAUAAUGCUCUGAAAGUUAUUCAGGGUUCAAGAUUUAAUAAUAUUAGCAAUAGCCUUGAGGAAAGUAGAUCAUUUAUUAAGAGAGCAUGGGAUAAAGUCGAAAGUGUAUUUACUCAAAGACAAGAAACUACCAUACUGCCCACGCAUUUAACGCAUUUCCAAGAGAUUGAUGACGAAGAUGAUGAAUUCAUUCAUUCAAACCCAUUCCAUCAGCAUAACAGAGAAUUAAUUUAUCGUGGAAGUUUACUUAAACGAAGAUUAUCUCAACACUCACAAGAACUUAUAAGUGCUAUUCCUGAAGAAGAUCCUAGUCCUUCAAUAGAUUGGAAUUCGAUGAAUAGUUUACAACAAUAUGAUGGUUGGAGAAACGAUUUAUUAGAUAUUGAACAAUCUCAAGAAGUUAAUGUAAAAAAUAUGGUCGCUGGAUGGGCAAUGGGCGAAGCGAGUCCUUGGUUCGAUUAA